CAGAGUGCCCAGGGAAAGCCCGGCUGCGGCCCCGCGCGCCUGGAGCGCGUGCGCGGGGGGCUCCGCGUGGCUCUAUAAACAUGGCUGGGGCCCGCCGCGCGGGGGCGGGUCCAAGUGCCGGGCUCCAGAAGCCUAGGGCGCCGGCGCAAUAGCGUGAGCCGGCUCUCUGUACCCGGCCGCCUCCGCUGGGGGGGAGGCCCAGCCCAGCCCAGCCCAGCCUGCCCCACGUGUGCGCAGCCGGCAGAGGACGGAUGACCAUGUGUUUUCGCCAGUGUGGCAGCGGGAGCCUCCCGGAGCAGACCGCACGCCGAGGCGGUGUGUGAGCCCCGGGUCCUGCCGCGCCGCUGCGAGACCAGCCUUCCCCUUCCCGGCUGCUAUGCUGUGGGAUAACGCGGACGUCCCGGGAAACUCCAACCCUCCCCGCCUUGGUCCCGUUCUCCUCCUCCAUGAGCACCUCUGCGGCAGCCCCGGUGAGGGUGAUGCCCGCCGGGCACCCUGAGCAGGCAGUGGCGGCUCCUGCAGCGAGCGGGGCCGGUGGGGCUCAGCCGGCACCUGCCCUGCUCUGCUCUCAGAACACGGUGCCCCCUGCUCCUGUCUCCGCUGCUGGCGCUCCCGCGGGGGCCCAAGCAGUUGCCUUGAGCCACGCAGUGACUAAGGUUCCCAUCAGCCUGGUGCCUGGCGUUACCCAGCAGUCACGGGUGGUGACUGCCCCCGUGGGGACUCUGGUGGCUAAAGUGGCCACUAUCACCGCUGCCCAACAGCCACCCAAGAACUCUGGUGGGCCUAGGCUGGCUGCUCCGCAAACCGUGGCUCCCAAAGCCCCCCAGACCACUACAAUACAACUGCCUGCAAACUUCCAGAUCCCACCAGGUACAGUUCUUAUCCGAAGUAACAAUGGUCAACUAAUGUUAGUAUCUCAACAAGCAAUAGCUCGAGCACAGAGCCAGACACAAAAUAACACAGGUGCAAGACCAUCAAUACCUACCAGCACACCUUCAGUCAGAAUAUGUACUGUACAGAACACUGGCACCCAUUUAUUAAAAAAAGUAGUAGCAACUCCUGUGAAAACAGUAACUCAAACAACAAAUUCAGUUGUAUCUCCUGAACAAAGACCUGCUAUAGUACAGCCAGCAGGUAUAACUAACAGUGUUACGACAGUUACUGCUGUAAAACCUCCGGGUACUGGAACACCUGUAAAGCUUCCAGUUACAGGACCUCCUGCACCAUCUGUCUCCCAAAAGGCAAUCUCUGUCAAAACAGAGGGCACAACAGUAGCACAUCCCAACACUUCCACAGAAAUGCUAGAGAAUGUGAAGAAAUGCAAGAAUUUUCUUGCAACAUUAAUAAAGCUGGCAUCUAGUGGACCUCAAGCCCCAGAAAUGGGACAGAAUGUGAAGAAUCUGGUACAACAUCUAUUGGAAGCAAAAAUUGAACCAGAAGAAUUUACAAAAAAGCUGUAUGUUGAACUCAAGUCUUCUCCACAACCAUAUCUAGUUCCUUUCCUCAAGAAAAGUAUGCUUGCCCUACGGCAGCUAAUGCCCAAUGCCCAGAGUUUUAUCCAGCAGUGUAUUCAGCAGCAGGCUACAACCCAAGCAGCUGUUUCUACCUGCAUCUCUGCAGCACCAACUUCCUCCACAGUCAUGACCACCUCAGCUCUGGCAACAACCUCUCUUCAGCCCAUAAAACCAGUCCCUUCUUCUGCAGUGGUCACAGGCUCUCAGACUGUAAAACCAGUCCCCUCCACAAUGGUGACAGCAGCAGCAGCCUCCCUCCAGACUGUGAAACCAGUGACAGCCCCUCUUCAACCUGCAAAUCCAGUCCCCACAUCUGCAGUGGCAACAACCUCUCUCCAGGCUGUGAAACCUGUCUUUGCAUCUGCAGUGGCGACCACGACAACCCCUCUUCAGCCUAUGAAAUCAGUCAUUGGGACACCUAUCAGUAUUAAAAUUACACAGCCCAGCUCUAUUGUGGCACAGUCAGUCCAUGCUCAACAGGCAGUUAGAGUGAAACAGCUGGUAGUCCAGCAGCCAUCAGGAGGCAUUGUUAAACAAGUGGCCACGCUUCCACAAACAGCAACACUGACUCUCCAGAAACCUGGCGAAAAAAGGAUGCCAUUAAAUGCACUAAUUCAGACUAACCAGUUUCCUGCAGGUUCCUUUCUGAAACAAAUUACACUGCCAGGAAACAAAAUUCUGUCGCUUCAAGCAUCUCCUGUUCAGAAAAAUAAAAUAAAAGAGAAUGGAACAACAACCUUCAGAGACGAAGAUGACAUCAAUGAUGUGACUUCUAUGGCUGGAGUCAACCUAAGUGAAGAGAAUGCAUGCAUCUUGGCAACAAAUUCUGAAGUGGUCGGUACACUGAUCCGAUCUUGUGCAGAUGAGCCAUUUCUCUCCUCAGAGGCUUUGCAAAAGAAGAUCUUAGACAUAGGUAAAAGGCAUGACAUUAUGGAACCUAACUCUGAUGUUGUGAACUUGAUCUCCCAUGCUACACAGGAGAGAUUACGAGGGCUCCUAGAAAAACUGACUGUAAUUGCUCAGCAUCGAAUGACAACCUAUAAGGAAAGUAAUAAGUAUAUCAUAUCUAGUGACACCAGAGCACAACUUAAAUUUCUUGAGAAGCUGGAUCACAUGGAAAAACAGAGGAAGGAUGAAGAGGAACGAGAAAUGCUUUUACGAGCAGCCAAGGUGAGAGAACAUCUUAUUGACCCUCAGAAAGAAAGGUUGAGAACCCCUGGUAAAGAAAUGCAACAGUUGGAGCUGGCACAGAUGCAACAAAGAGAAGCCAAUCUCACAGCUUUGGCAGCGAUUGGGCCAAGGAAAAAAAGACCACUGGAUUCACCAAACCUUGGAUCUGGGCUUGAGGGCUUGAAUGGCAGUGCAGUUGCUUCUGGAUCAUCUGGUUUUAGUCUUACAAAACAGUUGUUUCGUCCAAGAAUAACACGUGUCUGUCUCAGGGACUUGAUAUUCUGCAUGGAACAAGAGAGGGAGAUGAAGCGUUCUCUAGCCUUGUACCGUGCUCUUCUGAAGUGAUGAUUCAAAUCUUGCAUUUCAUUUCUUGCUGUCUACUGCCAAAGAAAACACUGAAGCAUUGUUGCACUGUCCUGAAAUUCCAAUUUGUGGGAAUAAUCCGUUAUAAGGAUAACUUUUGUUUACAGAUGCACAUUUGUAUUAAAUACCUAAUUUAGCACCUAGAGGUUUUUUAAAAAUAAAUCACAUUUGGGUUAAAACCAAUCUGUAAACCAGUGAAGACACCGAGCACACAAGUACUCAACCCACCUGCAUGCAUUUAACUCUUGCAGACUAAAGACUUAAGAUGUGUGCCAAGUUAUCUGUCACAUGCUUCAGUACUCCAAAGUCUACAACAUCUGUUGUGUGUGUAAAGCCUUCCUCUAAUCCAACCUUAUUUAGGAAAACAAAUUUCAAGGCACUACAUAGCCUGAUGAAUGUAUCUAAUCAUGAGCCAGCAAUCAAUCAACAUGCUACUGUAUCACCUAUCUGACUCAGCAUUUCUUUACAUUUCCUAGUUUUGGAAUUAGUUGCUGUAACGAUUUCUAAGAGCCAGUUUACAAGGAAUGGGGGAGCAAGCAAAGGGAUGUGAAGUAAGCUCACUUUUCCUUAUUGCCUCCAAAGGAAGACUCAACCAAGAGGAAUGUAUAAAUGCAAAAGCUCCUGUCAUGAGGUUCACAUCUUAUGGUUUGGAUAGCAUGAGCUUCAGUGUUGAGGAAACCUGGAGCUAGCUAGUGAAAGACCAGAAUAAGAAAAGGAGCCUAAAAAGGAAUGGGAAACUAGAUUUGGUAUAUUUUCCUUUGCUAGUCAUCUAAACUAGCAGUAAGUUCAACUAAACCUUGAACAAAAAAUUGAACAGUCAAAAGCAGCCUGCUUUGGCUUUCUGCAGAAAAGGCUAUUUAAAAUGUUAAACAUUCUAAGACUAUGCAGUCAGAAAAUAGUCCUCUUUUUAAGAGGGAGAGUAGCAUUUGCAAGGUGCAAAGCUUUCAUUGCUUUAUUGAGAAUGUAAACUUAACUGAUGUGACGCAGGUGCUACAGCAAAGAUGUGCAGAAUAUAUUAAUUAGUGAUCGGGGAUUGUCUCAAAAAAUGUAAACUAAAUGGUUUAGCCAGUUGCGUAAUUCCCACUCAGUGAAGGUGACUCCAGUUUCUUAAUACCGUUGGAAUAGUUUUUCUGCAUUUGACGAUCCAGUGAAAGCUGCCUUGUUGGAGAAGGGAAAAUCCCUUCCUCCUACUGCAUCGCAUACCCUAUGGCAUACACUAUAGCACUGACACAACUAAUAGGGAAGGCAGGAGCGGUGUAUUGAAUGCCUUCCUGCUGAAAUUUAAGGAAAAGGCUUCUUACAGUUAUUUGGCAUGCUAAAGUGAAAAAAAAUGAAAUGUAACCAUAUCCUCGAUCGCUAGGACCACUGCAGACCCUUACCAAAUACAAUACGUUUCAAAUCAGUCAUGUUUUUGUGUUGGGACAAUAGUGAACAAAGCUAGUAAAUUGCAGUAAAUUAUUUGUGUACAUAUAGCAUAUAUGUAAAAAGCAGUACUUUGACAAUGAAGCUGUAGUUUGCAAGAUAUUGAUGGCAUCAGGCAAAAUUGUUUUGUAUAAUUAAAUGCUUAGCUUUACUUUUUAUGUAAAGUGCAGCAUUUUUCCAUAUUUGUGUACUGUAUCUUAUUGACCAGAUGUUUAAAAUUAUUUUAAAUACUGCAUUAAAGCAAUUAUUUUAUUAAAAAUAAUAGUGGGUAACUUUACUCCAUCUCACGCUAGGAAAUACGCAAUCUUCAAUGUUUUUGAAAAUUGAUGCUUCAGAAAUGAAUGAAAAGAGAUGCAGUUAUCUCUUAGUCAUGGUAAUCAGCACCAGA